AUGCAGAGCAUGUCUCCUGGGGGUGUGCUGGAGUUAGUGCUUCAGCAGGUCUUCCAACGGGCUUACAUUGAAGGCCUUGUCAUUGAGUCCUUCACUGUGCAGCAGGAGAUACACCAGGAGCUUUCGAAGCACAAGGAGAUGCCAUCUCUUUCGACGUCUGCAGCCAGAAACAUGAACAAGCUUCUGUCUCGCAUGAACUGGUGCCGUAUGAUGCACUUCGUGAAAAGCAAUCCAGGUUGCGAGCAAAGUUUCCUUGAUGGUGUGCAGAUGAAGCUUGCCUGUCUUCGACAAGGAGAAGUGAGGAAUCUGCCUUAUGCCAAGUCCGUGUGGCUCUAG